AAUGCCUGAAUUUUAUAAAGUCCUUAUAACACCGGAUUACUAUGGAACUAGUCAAUCAAAAUUAAAAAAAUCCUUACUGCUAGACGGGUUUCGAGAUUAUUCAACGCUGCAUGGACUGCCUAGAAUAUUACAAGAGAGAGUUAAUGAAUAUUUCACAUUUGAAACAAACACAAAAUUAGCACUUUUAGAAGGCAAAGAACUAAAAUUUCCUGCAGUGACAAUUUGUAAUGCAAAUCCGUUAAGGAAUAGUUCAGUUAAUGAAGAUUUUCGAGAUGUAUUACUAAAUUCUGGAAAUGACGAUAUCGUAAAAAAUAAUAAAAGUUUAGAUAAGAACUUUCAGAAAGAACAAGAAAUACAGGAAUAUCUAUCAACUAUUCCAGAAUCCAGAAAAGUUGCUUGGGGAUAUAAGUUUCAAGAUUUUAUACUGCAAUGUAAUUUUGAUGGCUUUCCAUGUCACAGGGAUGAUUUUAAACGAUUUUAUAAUAAUAAAUUUGGCAAUUGCUAUUCAUUUAUCCAAGAUACCCCUUCAACAACAUCUGGCUUCCACUCGGGUCUGCAGUUAAGAAUCAAUAUUGACCAGGACGAGUACAUCAGAGAAUUAGCUCAUAGAGCUGGGGUUAGAGUUACUAUCACGGAAAGUGUACGCAUGCCGUUCCCGGAGUCAGAUGGUAUAUUGGCAUCCCCAGGUACAGAGACUGCUAUUGGAUUGAGAUUGAAAAAGUACACAAGAUUGGGGGGUAAUUACGGUAACUGUAUUUCUACAAGAACGCGUGAUUCAAGUAUAGAUUCUUACAUUGCAAAGUACAAUUGGACUGAAUAUUCAUUUACUGGGUGUCAGAGAACCUGCUUUCAAUCUUUACUAGAGAAAACGUGCUCUUGUUUCGAUAAUAAAUAUCCUCCAGUUAAUCGUGAGUUGAAACCUUGCUCAAUCAAAGAUUCAAAAAAUCGAGACUGUAUUGAGAGCGCUCAGGAAAAGUAUAAAACAACAGAUUGCUCAGAUUGUCUUAUUUUGUGCUCAGAAAGCGCUUAUUCGGCCACUGUUUCAACAUCGAAAUGGCCGUCUCGGGCUUAUGAAGACACACUAUUCGAAGAGCUGAAAAUUUCGAACCCUAGAGCUUCUCAAAUUAUAACUAAAGGUGUCGGAGAAGCUUAUGAUAAUUUCUUAGAACUUCGAGUUUUCUUCGAAUCACUUAAUUAUGAAACACUGGAACAAAUUCCCAAAGUUGAAAUGGAGGAGUUUCUUUCAGAUUUAGGAGGGGCAGUAGGCCUAUGGCUGGGGGCCUCCAUCCUGACACUUUUCGAGUUUUUUGAGAUAAUUUUCGAUCUAUUAUUUUUAUGUAUCAUUAGAAAAUAG